AUGUGGAAACUUAAACGCCCGAGAUCCAAUAGUGACGAUGCAAUGGACAUCGACAGGGAUGGCUCAGUACCUAUCGUCUUGAAGAAGGUUCGCUUUGGUCCUUCUAGUACAGUUCCAUGUAACCGACCGUCCUCAAAACUUCUGACCUUUACAGUAAAGGAGAAUUAUGACAGCUUUGACGGCAGCAUGUCUUCCUCCAUCUCUCCGCCAAAGCUACGCCGCCAAAUACAACAGCUUAGGCACCGAAAAGUCAAGGGUAGCUCGCCGCUCAAAGAGUUCAUGAGCUCGCCAUCUCCUGAGCCUGAAUCAUCAUUACAUGAUGUAGACAUGGAUAAAACCUUGGACUUACACAUCGAAGAGACAUCCUCCUCGGAUAAGGAGAGUCUCUCUCGGAGAUCAAUGCUAGUAUCACCACCAAUACCACCAAUACCGCCUUCCUUGUCAUUUGAUUCGGCAACCAUUCCCAGAAACAAAUUCUCCUUCCUAGUCUCCGGUUACGAACGCAUUGCAAGUACAGCAAAAUCCCAAGCCCUUCAUCUCCUACACCCAGAAAUGGCUUGGAUGCAGAGCCUCGUGCCUGUUGAGAACCAGAUCUUUAAUCAGAUCAAUCGUGGGAGAGCCCAACCUCUUGAACUUGAAGUUAGAGAGUUUGGUAGUUUUACGGAGGAGGAGAGGGGAGUUGCUAAGAGGAGGUUUGGUGUGCAUGCUUACGUAUAA